AAAUCAUCUGGUGGGAUUCCCUCCGGGAGUGUCGCGGCGAUAGGUCGCUCCUAUUGGCUAGAGGCAAAAGGCGAAUUCUCCAUUUAUGGAUCGUUCGCGCCGUCCAUCUCGUCAGCCAGCAGCCUCGAAGUUUAACUUUCCAGUUCGCCUGGAACGCGACAGUAGUCUGUGCCACUGCGCGUCGAGAUCGUAGCUCGAACGCAGCUCCGCAGUAUGGACAGGGAAUACGGGUCCUGAGGACAUUCAAUCCGACAUUUUCAGGGAGAACAUCUGGCUUAUUGCUGUGCGCUGGACUUUGUCGCCUCUUUGAAUCUACGGACUGGUAUUUGGAAAAGGACACAUUUUCAGAAAAUACACCUGUUUGUCACAUCGAUCGUCUUAAGCCUGCGUGCCAUUCACUGAGGACUGCUUGUUUACCCAAAGCCAAAAUGGGGAGCCGGGGCCACUACCGGUACCACUGGCAGUCUCACAAUGUCAAGCAGAGCGGCGUGGAUGACAUGGUGCUUCUGUCCAAAAUCAGCGAGGACGCCAUCGUGGAGAACCUCAAGAAGAGAUACAUGGACGACUUCAUAUUUACAUACAUUGGGCCGGUGCUAAUCUCUGUCAACCCGUUCAAGCAGAUGCCCUACUUUGGGGACAAGGAGGUGGAGAUGUACCAGGGGGCAGCACAACUUGAGAACCCUCCCCACAUCUACGCUCUGGCGGACAACAUGUACCGCAACAUGAUGAUCGACCGUGAGAACCAGUGUGUCAUUAUCAGUGGGGAGAGUGGAGCUGGGAAGACCGUGGCGGCCAAAUACAUCAUGGGCUACAUCUCCAGGGUGUCGGGCGGAGGCCCCAGGGUCCAGCAUGUCAAAGACAUCAUCCUGCAGUCCAACCCCCUACUGGAAGCUUUCGGGAACGCCAAGACCAUCAGAAACAACAACUCCAGUCGCUUUGGGAAGUACUUUGAGAUCCAGUUCAGCCCAGGAGGGGAACCUGAUGGGGGGAAGAUCUCCAACUUCCUGCUGGAGAAGUCUCGUGUCGUCAGCCGGAACCCUGGAGAGAGAAGCUUCCACAUCUUCUAUCAGCUGAUUGAGGGAGCCGGUGGCGAGCAGAAGAACAGUCUGGGCAUCACCACUCUGGACUACUACACUUACCUCAACCAAUCAGGAUCCUACAAAGUGGACGACAUCAACGACAAGAGUGACUUCCAGGAGACCAUGCAUGCGAUGAAUGUGAUUGGCAUCUCUGCGGAGGAUCGUAACUUUGUGCUGCAGAUUGUGGCUGGAGUUCUUCACUUGGGAAACAUCACUUUCAAAGAGGCAGGGAACUAUGCAGCCGUGGAGACCGAAGAGUUUUCCUUCUUCCCAGCGUUCCUGCUGGGUAUUGACCAGAAGCGUCUGAAGGAGAAGCUGACCAGCAGGAAGAUGGAUGGGAAGUGGGGCGGGAAGUCAGAGUCCAUCGACGUGACGCUGAACGUGGAGCAGGCCUGCUUUACACGCGACGCCCUGUCCAAAGCCCUGCAUGCACGCAUCUUUGACUACCUGGUGGAGUCCAUCAACAGAGCCAUUGUGAAGGACCAUGAGGAACUCAACAUCGGGGUGCUGGACAUCUACGGCUUUGAGAUCUUCCAGAAAAAUGGAUUUGAGCAGUUUUGCAUCAACUUUGUGAAUGAGAAGCUGCAGCAGAUUUUCAUAGAACUUACUCUCAAGGCUGAACAGGAGGAGUAUGUCCAGGAGGGCAUCAAAUGGACGAACAUUGAGUACUUCAACAACAAGAUCGUGUGUGACCUCAUCGAGAGCAAAGUGAAUCCCCCUGGCAUUAUGAGUAUCCUUGACGACGUGUGUGCUACCAUGCACGCCAAGGGCGAGGGUGCUGACCAGACCCUGCUGCAGAAACUCCGCGUGGGCAUCAACACCCACGAGCACUUCAACAGCUGGAACCAGGGCUUCAUCAUCCACCAUUACGCUGGCAAGGUGUCAUAUGAUGCAGAAGGCUUCUGUGAGCGCAACCGUGACGUCCUGUUCACCGACCUCAUCGAACUCAUGCAGAGCAGUGAAAUUGGUUUCAUUAGAGCCCUGUUCCCAGAGAACCUCAAUGCAGAGAAGAAGGGAAGGCCAACCACAGCUGGCAGUAAAAUAAAGAGGCAGGCCAAUGACCUGGUGAGCACCCUAAUGAAGUGCACUCCUCACUACAUCAGAUGCAUCAAACCCAACGAGACCAAGAAGCCCAAGGACUGGGAGGAGAGCCGGGUGAAGCACCAGGUGGAGUAUCUGGGGCUAAAGGAGAACAUCAGAGUCAGGCGUGCUGGCUAUGCCUACAGAAGAUUCUUCCGGAAGUUUCUCAACAGAUAUGCCAUCCUCACCAAGGAGACGUGGCCUAGUUGGCGUGGCGACGAGAAGCAGGGUGUUGUGCAUCUCCUACGCUCGGUCAACAUGGAGCAGGACCAGUACCAACUGGGCCGCACUAAGAUCUUCAUCAAGGCCCCAGAAUCGCUUUUCCUGCUUGAGGAGAUGCGAGAGAGGAAGUUUGAUGGCUACGCCAGAGCCAUCCAGAAAGCCUGGCGCUUGUACAUAGCCCGCAAGAAAUAUGUGCAGAUGCGCGAGGAGGCGUCGGACCUGCUGGUGAACCGUAAGGAACGACGGAGGCACAGUCUGAACCGUAACUUCGUUGGCGACUAUCUGGGCAUGGACGACCGGCCGGAACUACGCCAGUUCCUGGCCAAGCGUGAGAAGGUCGAGUUUGCAGACAAGGUCACCAAAUACGACCGGCGCUUCAAGGGCAUCAAGCGUGACCUGAUCCUCACCCCCAAGUGUGUGUACCUGAUUGGCCGGGAGAAGCUCAAGCAGGGCCCUGAGAAGGGUCAGGUGACGGAGGUGCUCAAACGCAAAAUCGAGGUGGACAAGAUCCUAGCCAUGUCUCUGAGUACGAUGCAGGAUGACUUCCUGAUCCUGCACGAGCAGGAGUAUGACAGCCUGCUGGAGUGUGUGUUCAAGACCGAGUUUGUGAGCCUGCUGUCACGACGCUAUGAGGAGAGGACCCAGAGGAAACUGCCUCUCAAGUUCGGCAACACGAUGGAGCUGAAGCUGAAGAAGGAGAGCUGGGGUCCGUGGAGUGCGGGGGGGUCUCGGCAGGUCCAGUUCAUCCAGGGCCAGGGGGAUGUGGCCGUGCUCAAGCCCUCCAACAAGAUGCUGCAGGUCAGCAUCGGACCAGGGCUGCCCAAGAACACGCGUCCGACCAGGAAAGGCAUCACUCAGGGACGCCCCAGCGGUCAGCGUGGUCACCACCACACGCCAACCAGGGUCGCCCCCGGACCUCCCGUUGCCCAUCAGAAUGGCAGUGUGAAGAACAGCACUCACUCAGCCAAUCAGAGGAACUCUCAGCACAGCACCCAGCGGCCGCCCCCUAGCGCCCAGGCGCGGCCAAUCCUGCCCCACAGCGGCGGCGGCGGUGGUCAGAGGGAGCGCGGAAGCAACAAGGCCCAGCCCAACCUGGACUGCCUCAAAGUGCCCGACCAGGGGGCCGCAGGAAGCCGACGGCCAUCCGCCAAUGGAGGAAAUGCACACAGGCAGCCCAGCAACAGACCCCCCCCUGGCGCCGGCCGACCCAAGCCCGCCCCCAAGCCCAAGCCGCAGGUUCCGCAGUGUAAGGCGCUGUAUGCCUACGAUGCCCAGGACACAGACGAGCUCAGCUUCAACGCUGACGACGUCAUCGAUAUCAUCAAGGAAGAUGCAUCUGGUUGGUGGACCGGGAGACUGCGUGGGAAACAGGGCCUGUUUCCCAACAACUACGUCACCAAGAUCUAACACCAACAAAUGAGAAUCCUACCUCCACACGAAGACCUAUCGGAGACCAGCACAUGCUUCCUGACUCCGCCCUUUCCAGAAAGAGGAUACGCCCACCCAUCAGAGAGACAGAGAGGGAGAGGCAAGGAAAGAGAGAGAAGAAGAGACAGAGCCUGCUCUCUUUUGCUAUAGAGCCAUGCUGGAUGCCUCCUGUUACCAUGGGCAACCCAGAUGAAGUGAUGGGUAAAGACUUCCUGGUUGAGGAGUCGGGGAAGAUUCCUGCAGACUUUUUCUCUCCAGGGUUCAACACGGACCCUGUGAGCACUGAACAAAAACAAACUAUUUAUUGUAUUUAUAGCUUUCUAUAUAUAUAUGCUGUAUAUUGUUUUCACCUGGCAACAAUAUUUAAGGUGAGUUAAUUUUGGACAGGUGAAGUAUUUGGUUAUAGGGUAAGGAGAUGAUUAUGAUAUUGUAUUUCUUAGUCUUUUUUUAGGGAAAAAAAAGGUAAUGGAUUGUGGCUUAAUGAAGUCUAGUACUGUCAACAUUUUAAAUGCCCUUUAUGUUGUAUCUGUCUUAUUUGUUUUAGCGGGUUUUUUUAGCUGCUAAAAUGGACUUGAUGUCCAGAAUGUCCCGUAGACCAGACCCUUGUUCAUGCCUGUAAUCACAAAUGAUGAAUUGGAAAAGGCUCCUUCACAUUAAAAUGUGAUAUUAAAUACAUUUCACCAUUUGUCAAAUUAGAGUAUUUGGAAUAUCUUUUUUUUAUAUAUAUAUAUUAUUUGUUGCCCCUUUUUGCUAGUGAAUAGCAGCCAGAUCACAAAGUUAACACUGGUAGUUUGGGUGCUGCAGCACAUGCAGAAGGCCGAGACCUUGUGUGUCCUCACCAACAAACUCCUGCUGUUCUCGAACGGGACCUUGGUGGUGAAGCACAGACGGCAUCCUUGCUGACCGAAGGGCCUGUUCUGGCCACUGUGCUGAGUGUAGUGUGUGUGGAUGAAAAGCACUUUAUCGGUUUGGAGC